CUAGCAACAGCUUUAGCAGACAUAACGGCAGCGAUGACCAGCUACGGGGUAACGCUUAUCUCGGGUCAUGACUCUGGAUCACCCGUGUGGCAGAUGGGUGUGAAGUUAUCAGCCUAUACAAGGCAAGAUUAACACAUUCAGCCUAGAAUAAUAAUAGAAUAAUACAGGUACAUAUUUACAUGUGUACUUCCUUGAGAAACAACAGUUGGAGUGUGUUAAUUAUAACAUACACAGGCUGUGGAUCUCUCGUAAUAAAUUCCUACCCUUGUGAUAACGCUCUAUGUAGAUGAGUUCGUGGUGAAAAAUUACCUGCCCGAAUUAAGACCUAGAUUGUGAUUUGGUUUGAAAGUUUAUUCUCAGUUCUGGACUGACAUCGUCUAUAGUAUGUGCAGGAAACAGAUGCAGUUUUAAACACUUAAUAUCCCGGAUAAAUGCUGCAUGUUAAACAGCGAAUGUUAGGAAGUGUAAAAGCGCCUGUUGUUUUUCCCUUCGUGGAUGUGUUAAAGCCGCGAGGAACAUACAUAUACAGACAGCAGAGGUAUCACGAGGCAGGGGCAUCGCUGGAGUCGGAGCUCGAGAGCGCUGAAGUAUUCAGGUGUCUGUGAUUGUCUAGCGUUAUAAAGAUUCCGGUGCCACUACGCUCGUGUGUUCUAGGCUGGUCCACGCGUAUUCUGAGAGUCAAGUCGUUUCGUCGCAUAAGGAAUGUACAUGUUUGUGUGAUUAAACAGUCGAGGAGGUAAUCUGUUAACAGUGUAGGUCACGGGUACAUACCUUCUAUUCACUGCUAUUACAGUUCGUGCGAUGAGAUAAGAGAAAUCAUCACAGAGACCUAUACCCGUGCCUCGGAGACCUACUGGAACAUCGGGAUCUAACAGAAGCCUCGGUGUCCAUCCUGAACCUCUGAGGCCUACCCGAAACUCGAAGACCAACCUGAACCUCGAAAGCCUACCCGAAACUCCAAGACCAACCUGAAUCUCGAAGAGCUACCCGAAACUCGAAUACCUACCUGAAACUCGAAGACCGACCCGAAACCCGAAGACCUACCCGAAAUCGGAAGACCUACCAGAAACCCGAAGACCAACCUGAAUCUCGAAGAUCUACCCGAAACCCGAAGACCUUCCAGAAACCCUGAGACCUACCUGAAACUCGAAGACCAACCUGAACCUCGAAAGCCUACCCGAAACUCCAAGACCAACCUGAAUCUCGAAGAGCUACCCGAAACUCGAAUACCUACCUGAAACUCGAAGACCGACCCGAAACCCGAAGACCUACCCAAAAUCGGAAGACCUACCAGAAACCCGAAGACCAAGCCGAAACUCGAAGAUCUAUCCGAAACUCGAAGAUCUACCCGAACCUCGAAGACGUAUCCGAAACUCGAAGACUACCCCAAACCCGAAGACCAACCUGAAUCUCGAAGAUCUACCCGAAACCCGAAGACCUUCCCGAAACCCUGAGACCUACCUGAACCUCGAAGACCAACCUGAACCUCGAAAGCCUACCCGAAACUCCAAGACCAACCUGAAUCUCGAAGAGCUACCCGAAACUCGAAUACCUACCUGAAACUCGAAGACCGACCCGAAACCCGAAGACCUACCCGAAAUCGGAAGACCUACCAGAAACCCGAAGACCUACCCGAAACCCUGAGACCUACCGGACCCCGAAGAUCUACCCGAUCCCCGGAGACUUAUCCGACUCCCGAAGCGCCCCUUUGCGUCUCCCGCUGACCUAUACGCACAUGAAUGGUAUUCUGACAAUGAAAGGGGGUCGAUAAUGUCAUGUAAAAUCGCAUACCAUAAAUCACGGGCGCAAAGCACCACGUGAUAUGCGAGGCUUUCUGUACCGGCUUUAUUGAUGUGUGAUAAAACCCACGUGGCACCGUGGGGAUAAACUGUGUGUUGCAGCAGCAUUGCAUCACCGUGCAGCCGGGCGACUGGCGCGCCAACUCGAAGACGUCCCAGUGUCACCAUGUCGUGGAGAGUGACCCCGAGAUGUUCGUAUCUUGUCUGUUUAACCCUCUUGCUUCUGACCAUUGGUCAGUCUGUAGCCACACCCAGCUGUCGUCCAGACACGAACUGCACAAUCCAGGAGACACUCCCCUGUGCAGUCCGUUCCACACAGUUCUGCCGGGAAAACAUCGGGAUGUUCUCGCGUCCCUCGGGGCAACUAUCGUGGCCGGGAAAACCACGUGACUUUGAGGUGAAGGCCGUGGAGAUACAGUGUGAUUUGGCCAUUGUUUCCGGUCUCCGCUUCCAGUGGAAGGCCCCACAGGACAGUAGCGUGCACCACAUGAAGGGGUUCAAGUUGACGGUGACGGCGCUGGACGGCAGAUGGAGGGGGAGUUCCCCCAUUUGUCGACUGUUUGAUCUGAGGAACGCUUCGUGGUCUAUUCCUGACGUAGAAGUAAAUUUCACCUAUAGGUUGUAUCCACUUCCAAACAAUACGCAGUAUUAUGUCACCCUCGUAAGCCUGCCACAACCGGAAGUACAACAUCUACCGGAAAUGGGUUACCACGUGACGGUGUACAUUCCGCCAAUAGGCCCAGGGGACUGGCGGAGUGAUAUUCGCACCUCUUUGGACGAGAACAAUCUCACAGUGACUUUCAACCUCGCUCCUAACUACUACAAAUUCCGACACUACGAUGUCAUCCUGAGGGGACUAAGUAACGAUACAUCUACCCGGCACACCCUUAAAGUUGGGGGCAGAGUCAAGAAUCGGGAUAGAUAUAAGCAGACCGUCUUCUACGAUGUUCCUACCGGAAAGUAUAGAGUUGAGGUGAUGCCUGUCGGUGGAGCGUGUCAGUUUGACUGUUCCAUGACAGUGAAAGGUCCAAUCGUAGUGGAGCACCGUCAACGACAACGACAACUGUCAUCAGAUUGGACGCCCCACAUCAACGUCUCUGUUGACGUCAACAACACCGUCAUCGUGACAUUUCAUGCUGCCAUCAGCGACGACAUCGCACACUACAACGUGAUACUCUCUAGCAUCAACACUACCAACGAACAGCAGCACAUCCUGUCGCAGGAUCACCACAAUGUUUUGAAAACAACGUUUCAGAACGUUUCUCCGGGGACUUACAGAAUUGGGCUGCAACCGCUUGGCGGACUAUGUGAGCAAGCAUGCAGCACAGUGUGGACCAACACCAUCUUAGUGACGUCUCAUGUACAACCAGAGCGCAUGUCCAUGCUCAACAAUCGUUUGCCUGGUUCAUCCGGGUCUCCUAAUGACGUCAUCAAAACCGUUCUGGGGUCCGUGCUGGGCGUGCUUGUUGCGUUAAUUCUGUUGCUGCUCUUCGCCUUCUCACUGAGGAACAGAGGUCGAGGUAUGAGGGGGUAUGUCAGACCUUUUCGUGUUUGGAACAGCGGAGCUAACUCACGUGACAGCCGAGAACCCUUGACAGCAGCUCCAAGUCAUAAAAACAAAAUUGCCAUGCAGCUACUUCCCCUUGAGCGGCGGAAGGUGUUUCUGUUGUACACGGAGGACCACGAAGCGCAUGUUAAACUUGUAGGCACUCUUGCCCUCUAUCUGCAAACCUACUGUUUCUGUGACGUGUUUCACGUUGAUUGGUCCUUCAACGAUAUCCGUUCCCUUGGGCCCGAAACAUGGACCAGUAAGUGCAUACAGGAUGCGGAAGUCAUACUUGUCAUCCAUUCAGUCGAGUCAGCCAAUCAAAUCCAAGCGUGGAAAAGGGGAAUGAAAAUAAAAGUGACAGAAACCUCUGUAACGGGGAGACUAUUUCAGGACGCUUUGCCAUCGAUAUUUAAUAAGGACGCCCUGAUAAGCAAGUGCAUAUGGAUCCAUUUUGGGAAUGGAAAAAAUACAGAUCUUAAUCUGCAUAGACAGUCGCGUGUUUAUAGUUUAAUGGAGGACUUUAAAGACUUUGUUUAUGACGUACAUAAACUGAAGUCAUGUGAUUCGUCGUAUGAUCUUCCCAUUAACGUCGAGCAUUCCAAAACGGAAGAAGGGAGACAACUCUUACAAGCAAUUCAAAACGCAAAGUUAUACGAAGAAGCCAACCCACAUUGGUCUGAAACUAUACAUGAUGAAACGGAAGUCAUGUGCUCUGAAGAUGUUGCUCUGUCACGUCUAUCAUCCGGAUAUAUUUCACAGGAUAGAUAUGACUUCGUGAAACCAGACGACAUCACUGAUUUUGAAGAUGGGAUUUCCAUUGGCGAAGAACUAAGAGAUAUCAACGCUAUUUACCUGACUUAACGAAAUAGCGAGAACAAUGGGGUGGUUUCAACGUUACUGCACAUAGCUACACGCUUUGACUCAUUACAACUAAUAAGCACGUCCAUGGCACCGUCUACGUAAUAUGCAUUGAUUUAUUUCUCAUUGGCAGAGAGAUAAUAAUGUGCGUGUGUGUGCGUGUGCGUGCGUGCAUGUGUGUGUGUUCUUUACAAAUCCUGAAUCUGCCGCUCACCGUUGAGAAGAGUUGGGUAAUCAAAGACUUCCUGAUUAAGUAUACGUAAGACAACACCACGGAUCCGAUGUUUACUCGUUGAAAUGGUCAGUUAAACCCCCUGGCGGGACCAUUUCAACGGAUUCGAGUGGUCUAACCUUUUUAAACCAUAGCCAACAUUCACAGAACAGCAUUCUUUUGAUGACCCUACUUAAAAAAGAUAUUCAAGAACUCUAUGCUCAGAGAACACUGUGCGAGUCGCCUCUGCGUGAUGCACGUGAAGGACAUGUGCCGAUGCAAGUAUGCAGAUCACACAGGACCCACUCGAGCACAUUUAUCAACCACCUUUAGGGGCCUAUGAUAACCAAACAUGGCCCUGAUCGAGAAAAGAGCUAUCUUAAUGAAAGCUACCAAAUCAGUUCAAUGUACAGAACAGCGAUGCUGAAUAUGUUGCAAAUAUCCCCGUUCGUAAACGAAUGGACUUAAACUAUUAAUAUUGAUAUAUAUAAAUGUGUCAUUGUCAAUUUAACGUUAGUCUUCCAUUUCGCCGUGGAACAAGACAACAGGCGUUAGUCUAUUCAUAGACUCGUUAGACCAGCCAAAAUAGAACUCCAUAAUUCCAGCCUAGUUCCGCAAGGGUUAAAACUGGACUUUUAUUGUCAGUUAACUCCCUUGUAUCCAGGGUGAGUAAGUUGGGUUUAACACCACUUUUAACAUUA